GAGGAUCCGUCUGAGUUCUUCACCAUGAUCUUCGGUGGAGAGGCCUUUGUGGACUGGUAUGAGGCUCCUGGAGAGUUGCUGGUCUAGGGCAGGGAGACUAACAGGCAUAGGAUCGGCGAGAUCUCGCUCAUGAAGGACCUCACCAAGACCAUGGAGAUCUCCAUGCGCGAGAUGGAGGAGCAGGAAGCCGCCGAGGCCGAAGCUGCACGAGCAGAAGCUGCCGCUGGCGGCUCUGCCUCUACCGCCGCCGGCCAAACGGCUGGCACAACGCCUGCAGCUGGCGCGUCGACCGCGACCGCGACCGCGACCGCGACCGCGACGGAUGCGACCGAGCCCACUGCUGGCGCCAAAGCAAAGGAGGCCGAAGCCGCAGCAGAGCGUGCUGCAGCCCAACACGGUGGUGAUGCGCCGCCAGCAUACGCUGCACCACCGCCUGCGUACGCCGAACCCGCCGCUGAUACCCCUUCGACCGUCCCACCUGCCGCUGCUGCAGGUACCUCGUCCGGCACAAGCACACCCAGGCAACGCGGUAUCCCAAUCCGGCCUGCCAUCAUGGACAAGACCGAGGAGGACGCACGCAUGGAAGCAGCAAACAUGACCGACGCCGAGAAGGAACUAAGGAACAAGGAGAAGAACAAGAAGGGCGGUCUCACAAAAGAGCAGCGCGAGGAGCUCGCAGCAUACGAGCUGGAGCGUAAGAAGAUCCGCGACGAGCGCGUCUCCAACCUGUCCAAGAAGCUCACCGAGCGCAUCUCGCUAUGGACUGAGACCGACAAGGCCACAGACGUCACCAAAGCCUUCAAGGACAAGAUCGCCCUCGAGAUCGAGAACCUAAAGAUGGAAUCCUUCGGUCUGGAGAUCCUGCACGCCAUCGGCGCAACAUACCUCAUGAAAGCCUCCUCGUUCCUGAAAUCGCAGAAAUUCCUCGGCAUCUCCGGCUUCUUUAGCCGCAUCAAGGACAAGGGCACACUGGUCAAAGACACAUGGAACACCAUGAGCGCCGCGAUCGACGCACAGCUCACCAUGGAGGAGAUGGCGAAGCUGGAAGAGCAGGGCGGCGAGGGCUGGACAGACGAGAAGAAGGCUGAGUACGAGAAGAAGGUCACGGGCAAGAUCCUGGCGGCCGCUUGGAGGGGAAGCAAGUUCGAGAUCCAAAGCGUGCUGAGAGAUGUCUGCGAUCAGGUGCUUAACGAUAAGAAGGUCAAGCUGGAGAAGCGCGUAGAGAGGGCGCAUGCUCUUGUAAUCAUCGGUGAGAUGUGCCAGAAGGCCGAGCGUGACCCCGAAGAAGAAGGCGAUUUCAUGGCCUUCGAACAGCUGAUGGCCGAAGCCGCCGCAAAGAAAGAGAGCAAGCACGACAAGAAGGAAAAACACAAGCACCACCACGACAAGAAGGAGAAGGAGAAGGAGAAAGCAUAGGAGCUGCCUCCGUAUCGUCCGUGAUUCUUCUUCUUGUUACAUACUUCGUGAUAUCCAUAGAUUCCAUUCGAGACGGCCUGAAUUGGAAUACAGAAACCGGGAGCGGUCGGAGCAUAAGCGUAUACUACCCCAACGUUAUCUUGUUUCAUGUCAGUCCUAAAGUCAUCGUCUCAACAGCGAACGGCAGACAAGAGCCGGUCCUCUCGAACAGAACAUCUUAGUACAGUCCCGUGCAAGUCCAAGUCAAUAUCACAAAGCAACCAACGUCAAAAGAUAAAGUGAAGGCUGAAGGGAUAGAGACACGGAGCAUGGGUAGAAGUGACAGUUCUACACCAAAAAAAAAGCUGAGCACUAAAACGAAUGCAUUAUUGCUGACUACCAGACCAGACCGCUACUUGGUCCAGUCUCAGAAUCG